GAAAAAGUUAACAGCAGAAUCAAACCAGAUGUGACUCCACCAGUUUAUUUACAUUGUAGGUGGCGGUGUGCACCCGCCAUGAUGGUUUGUGACCCGUCAGGAAGAAGAAGAAGAAGAAGCAGAAGCAGACCUGCCCGCCAAUUUCGAAGGAUAAACACAAACACCGUCGUCCUCUUUCGUCUGACUUUACUAUGAAGAAAGUUACCACAUAACAGCUCACAUUUCUUUGUCAACAAUGAAUUCCAGUGGAAAAGGAUGUGCUGAUUCAAGCCAACUUGCUGCCAGCAAUGACAGCGACUCGAUCAAAGUCUUUGUUCGAGUACGACCUCUGACCCAGAGUACUGGGCUGACCACAGAUGGGGACCAACAACUGUGUCUCACGGUCACUUCACCCAACACCAUCCGUCUGCUAUCAAAACCAGAACCACGAACCUUCACUUAUGAUCAUGUUGCAGACAUGGACACGUCUCAGGAUGCUGUAUUCAACAGUGUGGCAAAGAACAUUGUUGAGUCUUGCAUGAAUGGAUACAAUGGUACUAUAUUUGCCUAUGGACAAACAGGCUCAGGAAAAACAUUCACCAUGCUUGGACCAUCCGAGUUGGAUAACUUCACAGAUGAACUCAGGGGGGUUAUUCCUCGAAGUUUUGAGUACCUGUUUUUUCUCAUCAACAGAGAAGUGGAACGGUCUGGCCAGGCCAAGAGUUUCCUUUGCAAAUGUUCAUUCAUUGAGAUUUACAAUGAACAAAUUUACGACCUUCUGGACACAGCCUCAGCCUGCCUUUUUCUCAGGGAGAAUAUCAAGAAAGGCUUGUUUGUUGAGGGAGCUGUGGAGAAGUUUGUCAACUCAGCCGCUGAAGCCUACCAGGUGCUGUCUAUGGGCUGGCGUAAUCGACGAGUGGCCUCGACCUCUAUGAACCGAGAGUCUUCCAGAUCUCACGCAGUGUUCACCAUGACUUUGGAGUCCAAAGAGUCAAUCAAUGAAGUGGUGAACAUCAGAAUGUCCCAGUUGAACUUGGUCGAUCUUGCGGGGUCUGAGCGACAGAAAGACACACACACAGAAGGCUCCAGACUCAAGGAGGCCAGCAGCAUCAAUCGCUCCCUCAUGUGUCUCGGUCAGGUGAUCAUGGCACUGGUUGAUGUGUCCAAUGGGAAGAACCGCCACAUCUGCUACAGAGAUUCGAAACUCACCUUCUUGCUCAGGGACUCUCUUGGAGGAAAUGCAAAGACUUACAUCAUAGCCAAUGUGCAUCCUGGUUCAAAGUGUUUUGGAGAAACGCUGUCCACCUUGCAGUUUGCUCAGAGAGCAAAGUUGAUCAAGAAUAAGGCCAUCAUCAAUGAAGACACACAGGGAAAUGUGAGACAGUUACAAGCUGAGGUGAAGAAGCUGAAAGAGCAGCUUGCACAAGCACUUGCUUCUCGGUCUGUGGACUAUGGGAGAGAUGUAGCACCAGGAGGACCUGAACUCCCCAGAGGUCCAUACAACGAAAAUCAACAUGAUGUCUCAUAUAAAGCAAAGUUCAUGGCUGCCGUUCGUCUGUGGAGGAAAAGAGAAGAGGAGAAGAGGAUGCUGCAGGAGAAAGUGGCUAAGCUUGAGGAGGCGUGGACCCAAAAAGACAAGUUCAUCCAUUCCAGCCGAAUGAUUGUCAGGUUUCGGGAGGACCACAUCUAUCGCCUUGAGAAAAAAUUAAAGGCAGGACAAGUCUUACUGUCGGACAAGGAAUCUCAGACUCUGAUUGACCAACUGAAAGAAGAGAUAAAGAUCUUGAGAGAUCAGGUUGAACAUCACCCAAAGAUGACUCGAUAUGCAGCGGAGAACUUCAGCCUCAGAGAGGAGAACCGUCAGCUUCGUUCUCUUGAAUCAGUGGUGAAAGCUCAAGAAGCUGCGGUCCAAAUUUCUGCCGAGCUGGAAGAGGCCUUCCAGAGAGUCAUGGAGACAGAAACUCCAGCAGCCUCUUCGACCCCGGCUGUAGAUUCUGCCUCUGCAGCUACAAUUGAGAAGCUGAAGGCUCAGCUGCUUCAGAAACAGUCUGACCUCACAGGCGCCUUUCAGGCCUUUGAGGAGUACAAAGAAGUUACCAAGAAACAGAUAUCACGGCUGGAGUCUGAGAAAAGAUACCUUGACAAGUCCAACAGACAUUUGGAAAACAUUUUGGAAGCCACAAAUGCUCACAAGAAACACGAGGUCUCCGAGUUGAACAGAAUUCACGUUGAAACUAUAAAGAUUCUCACCACGCCCACCAAAGCGUACAACUUGCGGACCCGUCUCGUGCCUCUCUCAAGCCCCGAACACCUGAAUGGGAAAGACGAUGAUGCAGAAGACAUUUGGACUGAGCCGCCUCCUUCAGACAUGACCGAGAUGGCCUUAACUGAGGAACUGCGUCAAGUGCAGGAACAAGUGAGCCGUGUCCAGACGCAGUUUAAUGAGGAGGAGCUGAAGAACAGCAAGCUGCUGCAGCAAAUUGCAAAACUUGAGGAGCAGAUUACUGUCAUGUCACAAGAGUCUGAACGCAAGGAUGAGCUGCUUUCUUCUGAGCGAGCAAACAGGAAUAGAGAUCAUCUCAACCUGCAGGAGACUGUCAAUGAUCUGCAGGAGAGCCUGCAGUCUGAACAGCAAGCUGCAGAAGUGCUGAGAACUGAGAUCCGUGAUCUUCGCGUGGUGCUGCAGUCGUCCGAUAAGGAGUUGGCCGCUGUGAGGAACGAGUUGAGAGAUGUCCAGAGCGAGCAGCACAAAGAGAUGAGCACGCUCUCCAACAGUCUGAUCAGCACACAGCUUCAACUUGACAAAGUCCAGCUGGAAUGGGAGCAGCUUUUGGAGCAGCAUCGGUCACUGCAGGACUCAUUUGAUCAACUCCAAGCUGAGGCCAAGUUUGAGGCUGAUCAGGCGAAACAGCAGCUGCAGGACAGGCAGCAGGAGAUUGAUGAACUGAAGGCGCAGCUCAUGGAGCUGAAUAAUUCUCUGCAAACUGAGCAAGCACACACGAGCACCCUGAUCUCCCAGUUAAGAGAAAACAAAGAAAGUACAUCAAAAGAACUUAUUGAAACGGUGGAGCAGAAUACGCAGCUUAGAAAACAAGUCUCAGACCUGACGGUACAGACCCAACAACAGGCAUCCAAAACUGUGGAUCUCGAGCAAAAUUUGAGCUCUGCCAACGAAACGAUAAAAGGCUUGGAGCAGAAGAUUGAAGAGGACAAAGACUUUGUUCUAGAUCUGAUUAACAAAACCAGAGACCUCCGCAGUGAGCAGAGUCAGAAGGACGAGAUCAUCACCCACUUGUCUGAAGACAUCAAAGACAUCACAGCCAAGUAUAAUGCUGCCUGCCUUGGAAGGGACGAUAUCCAGGAGCAAAACUCUAAGAUGCAGGCAGAAGUCUGUGACCUGAAGGAAGCUUUAGAGAGGCGGGUAGCAUCCGACAAAAUAGAGGUGGAGGUGUUGCAGGAGGAGGUUGUUUAUGCCACUGAAGAGGUUGAGAGACUCACUAAGGUCUUGGAUGAGCAGAACAGCCUUCUCCAAGCAUCUCAAGAGCAAAUGGCCCAGAAGGACAUCAUGAUACAGAAUCUACAGCAAAAGGUGCAACAACAGCAAGAAGCUGUCGAAAGAACGAUCAGAAAUGAAAGCUUCAAACCCCUCGCUGGACUGACAGUGACACCUAAAUCAUUACCAAGGACUCCCUGCACUCCAGGAAGUUUCAAUAGAGACCUGACUCAGGUGCUAGAGAGCCAGGAGAGGGAGCUUGAGAAUCGGCGCUCCUCCAUGAUGACCAUGGAGAUUCUUUUAGCUGAGCUGAACGCAGAGAGGGCCGCCAAGAACGAGGAGAUCCAAAGGCUGAAGACGCAGCUGACUGAGAAAGAGAUGGUCCGCAUAGAGAUCCAGGCUUUACUUGACCAGUUUUACACCAAGCAGAGCCAGCUGACACCAAAUGGAAACAAAAAUGGUGAGGAGCUGAAUGAAACCAUCAAGCAAUCUGUACUCAAAGAGCUACAGGAAGAAAGAGAAGAGAAGAUCAAAGUAAUGCAGAAGCUGUCUGAUACUAAAAAACAACUGCAAGCGCAGGAGUCGAUGUUGGCCCAGUCUCAAACCUGUGUUCAGGAGUUGACCACUGAGCUGAGGAACCGCUGUCUACAGUUGAGAGACCUGAACCAGAGGAUACAGGAUGAGGAGAAACUACUCCAGGAGAAUGAGGUUCUCCGUAAGCAGAAUGUUCAGCUGUCGGAGGAGAACGGAAAACUUGUUGGGCACAAGAACCACAAACAGAGGAUUGAAUAUCUGGUGAAGCUGAAAAAGGACAACACAAAACUUCAAGAGGAAAAUGAAAAGCUCAGAACGGAGAUUAACUUGAUGCGAGAAAACAUUGGAUGUCCUCUACUGGAGAUGACGUAAAUCCCUGAUUUUUAAUUGUUUUAAUUGAGGUGCAUCUUUUCCAGUCAAAAAGGCUUCAAAGACAUUCAGGGAGUGUGCAGUAAUGACUUUGCUCAUUAUAUGUGUUUAUAUUAUAACAUCUCUUAUAUAUUUUUUAUUUCCCAAGAGGCAUACUGUACAUACAUACUGUAUCUUGACCAGCAUGGGCAGACCAGCUGUGACAGACCAUUAGUCCAGCUCUAUUUUGUCUUGACCUUGUUGGGUUUCUAACCACAAUGCUGGUAACCACAUCAGAAUGUGAAAACUUUUUUAGGUGCUUAGUUCUUUUACUGUGGUCUUCAUCUGACCAUCUGAGCUGUAUUCUUGUAAUUUACCAUCUUACUGAGGCGUAUAGCCAGUGAGUUUUA